GUUUGAAAUCGUAAGUGUCACGAUCGCAUUAUAGGUGAACACACGUUAAGAAUAUCCUCCACUUGGAUUAAUUAUUUAAGGCAAAAAACUGGAGAAACAAGAAGAAUAUGAAACAUUUACUAAUGUAACCCAACGCAAUUAAUGGAAAAUACGUAAUUGUGGAAACCAUUACGCGACACAUAUUUUCGGGUUCCAUUUACUUACAUACCAGGGGCUUCUGACGCAAUUAUUUUUCACUGAUUGCUACAUUCAAAAUCGCUCAUAUUUCAACACAAUGGGCUUAUCACGUUAUAUCGUUUUUUUUGUGAUACUGGCCGUCCACGAAUCUAUACAGAAAACAUCACCAGCAGAUCCGACUUAUAGAGCUGCUGUCGUAGAAUUUUUCCCAAGUGAGUAUCUGGAUGAUAUGGACAGGACAGUAGAUGAAAAUACUGAAAAACACCUUCGAUUCAUCGAGCUAGCUGCAGCCAAGCGAGCAGAUAUCGUGGUUUUUCCAGAAGGGGGAAUUUCAUCGAUGAACUUUCCAGAUAGACUCACGAAACUGCCACAGUACACGACUUUAAUACCCCACCCUGUUGAGAAAUUCUCGCCAUGUACCAAUUUUAGCAUAGCUGUUAGUGAGACCCUCAAAAAGCUUUCCUGCGCGGCUAAACACAAUGAAAUCUACGUUGUGGUCAAUCUGUUGGAAGAAGAAAUCUGCAAGGGCUCGAGGUGCGCCGAUGACGGACUCAACACGUAUAUUACCAGCAUAGCUCUAGACCGAGAAGGAAUGAUAAUCGCCAGAGAUCGAAAGUUUCAUCAAUUUGACGAAAUGAUGUGGUUCAAUACAACAGAAGUACCAGACGUUACGACGUUCGAAACUGACUUCGGUGUGACGUUUGGAUUGUUCGUUUGCUUCGACAUAAUGUACGAAGAGCCAACGCUGAUAUUAACAAGGAAACUCAACGUCACCGACAUCGCUUUUACUCAAGGAUGGUUUGUCGAGACGCCAUUCUUUGCUAGUACUCAAUUACAUUCAGCCUGGGCAUACGCAGAGGAUGUAAAUUUGCUCGCAUCAGCAUACAGUAUGCCGACGAACGGGUAUGGUGGAAGUGGAAUAUACGCAGGGCGGCAAGGUGUGCUUACGUCUGUACAAUCGGUGAUCGAACGAGGACAAUUGUUGGUUGCCGAUGUACCGAAAAAGGUCAAGUCAAAUACCGCCCACCAAUUUGCGCCGGCCCGGAUCUCGAAUUGGAAUAGCGGUGACAACUUCAAAUUUCAAAAUGAAUAUUCCACGUAUCAACGUCGUCAGAAACGUGAUCCGGAAGGCUUCCGACUGGUGCCGGAAAGUUUGCACGAUUACGUGACAAAGGUGAUACCAAAAGAUGGCUACACGGAAGAUAGUUUGACUUCUGGACAAGUCAAAUGUAAAUUCACCGUAAACUUUACUGAUCCAAGACCACCGAUAACAUACCGUUUCGUUGCUCACGACGGUAUCCGCAUCAUGGGCAAUGUCCAUGCAGUUGGUAUCCGAGCUUGUGCGAUUAUUCAAUGCGCCAAUGACACCCUCGAGUCUUGUGGGCACUUCGAAGAAUCACCGACAAUUUUCAGCACCAUCGAAAUCACAACCACUUGCGAUGACAACGGACGAACGUUACUCAUGCCAAGUACCUUAGCAACUGAUCUAUUAACGUUCAAGAAUUGGACUUUCGAUCAACAGAUAGAGAACGGGGAAAUUCGCGUAGUUAUGACUCUAACAGCACCCAAACAAAACUUGAUUACCUUUGGUGUUUGGGGACGAAACUAUGCGAACGACUUUACCGUUUCAUCAGGAUUCAGAAGUUUCAAUCAACUGUUUUGUCUUCCAUUUCUUUUAGCUGUUCUCAAAUAUUUUGGAUGCGGUUUCUAACUAAAUUAAAGUACCUGAUAUUUCAUUUACUUGCUAAGCAUCAUUACACAUUGAUUGCAAUUAUUGAUAUUUUUGAUCGUAAUCUUUCCACAUAUGACAUAAGUAUGCUAUAAGUAAAGUUAGUAUACUUCCGACAAUUCGGAUUAUUUAUUUCAGAUGCAUAGGAAUCAAGUUCGAAAAUCGAGAAAUUAAAUAAGACAGAAUGUAACAGUGAUUGCAAAUGAUAAUAUAUUUUCAAUAAUAUUGUGGUAAUUGAAACAAUAUUAUGAGGGGGGACGUAUUGUAUAGGGAAGGCGGAAAGUAUAGGUAUAUCAUAUGAGAAUAAUUCAUUCAACAAUUUUAUACCAUAUAUGUAUGCUAAAAAAAAAAGAAGUAAGACCGUUGACGAAAAUUCAUUUCGCUAUCGAAAGAGGAAUUUGAUCAACUCGAAUAGACAAUCUGUACAUAAUUCAGUAUGUAUUCAUGUGUUCACUCCGAGUAGUAUUCCAAUUGAGCCUCUGAAAGUUUGUGCGCGAAUAAAAUGCAGCGCAGUAACGAUCUUAUAAAAAUAUUCUAAUUGUAAAAAAAUGACAUCCUGAUCUAUGUACAUAAAUAUACAUAAAAGGCAAAUAAUUAUGCUGAACUUAUUUGUUCAAUAGGUAGAAGGAAAAUUUCACCCCAUAAAGUGAAAGUAAGACCGAUGUCGUUUUUAUAAUAGUAGAUUCGAUAUGUUACCGAUAAUAUCAUGCUGGACGCUCUGUUCAAGUUUUUUCGGUUCCUUCUUUUGAUAUAAAUCUAUGAUAUUACGAACAAAAAACUCCAGCGCAAUUAAAAAAUAUGGUCUAGUUUGCUUCUUAAUACGAUGCGAAAAAUAUUUACAUUCAACUAUUCAUUAUACUAUAUAUAUUAUAGAUAUUUAACUUUUAUUGUCUACCAUAUGAUUAGAGAUUAGGUAAAUUGAUUUAUGCACUGCUAUUCACCAAUGGUUUAUCAAAAGUCUAUUCCCUCUAAUUACAACAGAAUAAAAUGAAAAUUACCCACUUU